AUGCCAACAAAAACUGUUGCUUUUGUUAAAGAUUCAAUCUAUCUUGAUGCAUUACAAUAUCGACAAUCAUCAGGUCGCGCUGGUCGUUGUGGUUUUGAUGUUCAAGGUCAUGUUGUAUUUGUUGAUAUACCUUUACCAAAGAUUAGUCAUUUACCUAAUGCUAAAGAUUCAAACGAUCCAAUAAAUCGAUUAUUAAUUGCAUUACAAUGUUCUUUACUUGCACAAUUGUCUAUAAAACAUCAAUUGAUAGAUAUUCAAAUACAUUUUCAUGGUUUAUUUACAUUAGAUUUUCUUUAUCGAUUAAAUUUAAUUAAUCAAUAUGGUAAUCUUAUUGCUUUAGCUAGUCUUCUAACACAUUUACAUUAUUUUUAG